GUCAAUGCCAAAAGCCACGCAAGUAUUUAUUAUUUAUACACAAUUCUAACAUUCCAAGUAUACGUAAAUUCUACCGGCUUUAAUAAUGGGAAUGACAAAUUUAGAACGUUGGCUAAUGUAUCUUUCAUUAUUUGCGAUACCGUAUCUAGCCAUAGUGACAGGAUUUUUGCAGGCGCCAGUUUUAACUAAAUGGGAAAUAGAGAUUCAGUUACUGCCACUUGUGUUAUUGGUAUUAUUUGGAGUUUACUCCGCUACUGUGGUACUCUAUCGCACAUUUACAUUUAACGAUUGCCCAUACGCUGCUAAAGAAUUGCAGGAGCAGAUUGAACUGGCACGGAAAGAUUUAAAAACAAAAGGUUUUACCUUUCGCUAAUGAAAACAUGUUUAUAAGCUGACUGAGUUUCCUUGCGUAUUCAGUGGGAAAUGUAAUUGAAAACGUAAAAUAAAUGUAAAAUGUAAUUUUAUGCUUAAGAGAGAUUACUGAAUGUGUAUUCAGUAUAUGUAUACAUAUGAAUGUAAGCACUAAUUGAAUUAAGGCAUUUGUAACAGGUUGUUGUAUGCAAAUUAAAUAAUAAUAAUUAACUAAAAUUCCAUAAUUACAUUUAAUAUUGAAAUGUAAGAGUUUCCAUGAUAAAUAAAUAAAUACUUUGAUGUGAAA